AGCUCCAAUUCCUUCACUAAAUUUACACUCCUUUCUCUCUCUUUUUCCUCUUCUUCUUCUUCUUCUUCCUCUGCAAAUUUUCGUUUCCGCCAUUUCUUUCCAAAACCCUAAUCCUUUAUCCUUUGCAAGAAAGAGGAUAAUCACAGGCAUUAUCAUCUGCGGCUCGUUCUCAGCAAUGAAGAAGGUUGUUCUGAAGCUGGAUUUGCACGACGACAAAGCCAAGAAGAAGGCCUUGAAAUUAGUCUCAACUCUCUCAGGAAUCGACUCUAUUGCGAUGGAUAUGAAGGAGAGGAAGCUAACAGUGAUCGGAGCGGUGGAUCCGGUGACGAUCGUGAGCAAACUGCGAAAAUUCUGGCCGGCGGACAUAAUCUCGGUGGGACCGGCGGUGGAGCCGAAGAAGGAAGAGGGGAAAAAGGAAGAGGAGAAGAAGGAAGGAGAAGGGAAGAAAGAGGAAGAGAAGAAGAAAGAGGAAGAAGGGAAAAAAGAAGAAGAAAAGAAGAAAGAAGAAGGGGAAGGGGAGAAGAAGAAUCAGAAUCAAAAUCCAAACCCAAACGAUGCCGUUUUAGAACUGGUAAAGGCUUACAGAGCUUACAAUCCCCAUCUCACAACUUACUAUUAUGUUCAAAGCAUGGAGGAGAAUCCAAAUUCUUGUGCCAUCUGCUAAUUGAACUAAAAUUAUAACUGUAUAUGAAGCUUUUUGGGAUCUGUAAAAAUGGCGGCUCCCGGUUCCUGUUGGACUUUUUCGAUCUGGGUUUAAGGUGUAGAAUAAUAUGUACUUAUUUGUUAUAGGGAUUAUUAUGAUGGUAGUGAACUACUUCCGAUUUUGGUUCCCUUUCAUUCUUAUAUUUUCAAAAUAUUUAUUUUAAAUUAA